AACCCUAGACGAAGCAGACAGACUCACCCCGGCGGCUUCUCCCCUGUUCCUCCAUCUGCUCUCACUCAGUUACUCUAGCAAUGGCCGACGUUGAUGCUGAUGUUGCCGCUCCAGGGCAACCGAAGAAGAGGACGUUCAAGAAGUUUAGUUUCAGAGGUGUCGAUUUGGAUGCCCUUUUGGACAUGUCCACCGAUGAGCUCGUCAAGCUUUUCCAUGCUCGCGCUAGGAGAAGGUUCCAGAGAGGUUUGAAGCGGAAGCCGAUGGCUCUGAUCAAGAAGCUGCGCAAGGCUAAACGAGAGGCUCCACCUGGUGAGAAACCUGAGCCAGUUAGGACUCACCUCCGCAACAUGAUCAUAGUUCCUGAAAUGAUUGGCAGUAUUAUUGGAGUUUAUAAUGGAAAGACAUUUAAUCAAGUGGAAAUCAAGCCUGAGAUGAUUGGUCAUUACCUUGCUGAAUUCUCUAUUUCCUACAAGCCAGUCAAGCAUGGAAGGCCUGGUAUUGGUGCUACCCACUCAUCCAGGUUUAUCCCUCUCAAGUGAAGGUUCUGCACAUGCCAUUGGGUGCUUUUGUUAUUGGAGAUGAAUUUUGAUAAGAUGUUUAAUGUUUUGUUGCCUACUUGAGUUCUGAUGUCUUGACAGAUCUUUAGCUGAGUUGUUUUUAUUUGUUUUUGAAGUUUUUUGACAAAGAUGACUUAUGAUAAUCUAUGAUUAGAAAGUAUAAGAAGUUGAAUUUAAUCUGCGUUGUUCUCAUAAAUGGGGAGAUAAAUGUUAUUUCUAGCU